AGCUCAGCGAGGAAACUUUGCCUGUGAGAUUUCCUCGGCAAUGCGCGCCCAGUAACGGCGAAAGAAUUUUCUUGUAAGUGCUACGGUACUUUCAUCGGAGUUAGAACAUUUUUGUAGGUGCAACUUCUGCGACAACAAUUUGACGGCGCUGCAAUCGUCUAGUGGCGCGUUACUGGCUAUAGAAGAGAUAUAAUUGUAUAGAUUUUAACACUAGUUCCAACAACUAUUCGCUUUUUCUGUGUUGCUGGAAAGUGACGGAAGCGAUGGUCCAGACAAGAGGGCCACCCUUUUCGAGAGUCGAAACGCGACCGAUAUCUACGCUCUCAUCCCUGAGUUCCGUCACAGGCACAGGGGACCGUAAUAUCCUGCUGACGGUGGACACGUCUUCGUUGUCUUCCUCUUCGUCUGGAGGAUACGGUGGCUGUGUCAACGCCGGCGUGGAAUCGGACCGCGACAGUGAAACUGGGACCGCGGGCAUCGGCCAGUUGGCGGAGACACUUCUGAGGCAGCCGGUUUCCUCCGCCGUCAGCGUCAGCAAGUCAGAUGUGCACUUUGGGCACACCCUUAACUACAAUGGUCCUGUUACCAUCAACCUCAGCCUACCGCAGCAGUCUGAGCAUCACACGACAACGUCCCAGUCUGAGUCACAACCUGAGCCUCAACCUCUGAAUGGACACCCGUCUCAAGAAAUGCCUCAGAUCGGACAACGGCGUCGCCAAGAACUGCUGUCUCACAUUCAGCCCAAGACUCAACCAUCUCUACAACAGCAGCUGGUGUCUCAGCCUCAAACUCAGAAUCAGAUUCAACAUCCUCCUCAACAGCAGCCACUGGCGCAGACUCACGUUCUGCCUCAUAGUCAACAAAACCGGCGGGAACGCAUUCUCAGCACGAAACAACCAGAGGGAAUGCUACAGCGGAAUAUGCAGAUGACGUACGGACAAGAUUUCAGGACUGUGAAGCCAUCUGGGUGUCAGCUGAUAGCGGCGGAGCUGGCUCGGAAGGGUCAGUUGACUGGGCUGAUCAGAGACGUGGGAGCCGACGUCGUGCAGUCCUGCUGCGAGCGCAACAUCGUCUUCAUCGUGCUGCUCGUCGUGCUCGUCAUGGUCUGCGGAAUCUCCUUGAGCCUGGUGGUCGGGUACAGGCGCAACGCGUCACCAAGCAGACCCAGUGUCGAUACUACGGUAAAAGGUACAUCGCCGAACGAGCUAAAAACGGAGAACCCACAAAACAUUACGGUUGCUGUGGGCCAAGAGACAGGAUCUACAACUACAACGGAGAAACAAAUUUCGGAUAAAUCUACAAUUGCAACAGAGAAAACAAAUUCUGGACAAACCUACAACUACAACAGUCAAACAAAUUUCGUACAAACGACUUCAGUCAAACAUACAAUUACAACGGAGACUCAAAUUCCGGGAUCCUGUCAACAUUUUCGGGAGCGAAACAUGUGGGAGAACAUAUGUUACGUUUACACCAUAUGUGACAACGUUGUGGUGGAUUAUAACCCUGUACUAUGUGUAUAGGAAGAUCCCAAUAGCAAUGUGAAGGUUUGAAUAAAAACGUAACAAACAAAAAAAUACUGGAUUCGUCAAGUGGUCUCUGUGAUAUUUUGCUAACAACAAGACACUACAUUAAUUCUAGCUGUCACCAAGUAAAUGCAUGUGGGAAUAAUUUACGCAGCUGAUGAUUACAGUGAGAGUGGAUAUCAUCUUUAUGCUGUGCUUGCCUAACAUCCUUCAAGGGGAGGCAAGUCUUAAUUGAAAUGUCCCUGGAGUCGUCAGUAUGCCUGUAAGGGUACUCCAACAGAUCAAGAAGCAUUUGUAAUUUCUGAAGAAAAUUCAGUCAUCCUUCACCACCAGAAAACAAACCAUCCUAGUCAGCAGCUUAACAAAUCCCGCAGCCGCAUUGCAAACGCCAAUUUUACCAAGAAAUAUAAUGUCAUUAAGCAUAUGAAAGUAGUCACGGAAAUCUAUUCCAUGAGUUGACAUUUAGUGCGUUCAACUUUUGUGGUACUGUACAAUUCUUUCUUGAUGUUUUCUUAUUAUUCUUUCCGAAGAAUAUCUCCGAAGGACCAUCACGACUUAAUACCUGUUACUUUUCUUCUGUUUUAUCAUUGAAGAUGUGUCGGCUGAACCUUACAUAAUCAUAUAAUUACCUUAUAUGUUUUUUUAAAAUUCCUGAAAGACAUUUAUUGAUGUAUGUUUAAUAAUGAAAUACAAUAAUUAAUUUUUAUGGUGUUU